AUGGAUGUUAUCAGUGUUCAGGAAUGGAGCAAAGGCGCAAAGAUGUGCGAGGUGCAGCACUCGAAAAUGCAGAGGGGGGAGCAGAGCGAGUACCCAUCAAGUCUGGCACUCAUGGACAGCAGUGACCCACGCGCCUGGCUGGCUCCCAUGCAGUCUGGCACCUGUGCGGCACACGCCGACUACCUGCUGCACUCGCCCAGCUCCAGCUUGGAAGGCGGGUUCCCCACAUCCGGCCACAGCCCAAAUUUUAGAAAGAGUUCCAAUAGUCCGCUCAAAGUGCGGGACUUGUGUCGGCUAAAGGGAUCGGUAAACGCCGAGGAGGGCAGACAGAGAGCUCCAUCCAAUCCCGGUAACGUUGUGCAGAAGGUGAGGCGCCAGGCAGCCAAUGCGCGGGAGAGGAGACGGAUGCAUGGCUUGAACCAUGCCUUUGACGAGCUGCGCAGUGUCAUCCCUGCUUUCGACAAUGACAAAAAGCUUUCCAAAUACGAUACCCUGCAGAUGGCCCAGAUCUACAUCAACGCGCUGGCGGACCUGCUCCAGGGUCCCGGUGUGGACUCGCCAAAGUGUGACCUGUUGUCCGCCACGGAGAGUCCCCGGGGAUCCUCCGCCUCCACCUGCCAAAGGGACGCAGGCACUGGGCUACCGGUCCAGCUUAACGGGAUCCCAUUCCCAGUCGAAGACGGCUCGCUCUCUACUUUGAUGGAGCAAGAAAUGCGGUCUCCCUCGGGGACACCCAGUUCCAGCUCUGAGAGCAGAAAGGACUCCCUCCAGUCGAACCGCAGUGACGGAGAGUUCUCCCCGCAAUCCCAUUUCAGUGACUCGGAUGAGAUGCAGAUGGAGCUCCUGAGCGAAGAUGAGCUCUCUGAACUCAAGCUUUCCAGCCUUCACCAAUAUUGA